AUCCGGCUGAUGGAAAUUAUCUAUGGGCCGUGAGUUCUCUGCUACUGCUCCAGCUUGCGUGCAACAAGCAGGAGAGCAGCAUGGAGGAAGAAGGAAGGAGAGGGAUCCCUUCUCUGCUGAAAUCAACGUCAUCAGAUGAACAUAUCGCUACUGAUAUCACUCAGCUUGUAGGAUGGACGCCAUUGAUUGAGCUGAACCGGAUCGCCAGAAAGGAUGGGAUAAAUGCUCGGAUUGUUGGCAAGUUGGAGUCAUACCAACCCCUCUGCUCUGUCAAGGAUCGCAGUGCUCUGAGGAUGAUUGAGGAUGCAGAAGAGAAAGGGCUUAUCUCACCAGGUGUUACGACGCUAGUUGAGCCAACAAGUGGUAAUCUGGGGAUAGGUGUGGCAUACAAUGCUUUGCUCAGAGGUUACAGGUUCAUUGCAGUCAUGCCUUGUGGGUACUCCCUUGAUAAGCAGAUGUUGUUGAGGUAUCUAGGGGCCGAGGUUGUUUUAACUGAUCCUACACUUGGUUUUCAGGGACAAUUAGACAAAGUUGAACAGAUCAAGAAUGAUAUGCCUAACAUACACCAUCUUGAUCAGUUUAAAAAUGAAGCAAAUCCUGAAGCACACUUUCUAUGGACAGGGCCUGAGAUUUGGAAGGAUACGGCAGGAAAAGUAGACAUCUUUGUGGCUGGUUCUGGCACAGGAGGAACAGUUUCAGGCGUAGGGAAAUAUUUGAAGAUGAAAAACCCAGAAGUUAGAGUAAUUUGUGUCGAGCCUGCUGAGAGCCCAGUAAUUUCAGGUGGUAAGCCGUCUCGGCAUAAAAUUCAGGGAAUGGGUCCAGGCUUUGUACCAAAAAACCUGGAUAUCUCGCUCGUCGAUGAGAUUAUUACAGUAACUGCACAAGAUGCAAUGGCUAAUGCAAAGAGGCUGGCAAGAGAAGAAGGUUUACUAGUGGGCAUAUCAUCUGGAGCUAAUUUGGCAGCUUGUCUGAAGGUGGCGUCAAGAAAAGAAUACGAGGGGAAGAUGAUUGUAUCCAUGUUCCCUAGUGGUGGUGAGAGAUACAUGAAUUCUGACCUCUUUGCAGAGGUAAGGGAGGAGUGCAUCGCCAUGACCUUUUGAUCUCAUGGCUUUUUUCAUUACUGGUCUACUCUGUUUGGAAGCCAAGGUGGCUCUUAUACACUGAUCAGUGAGCAGAGUGUGGGAGGCAAAUAAAGAAAAGCCGGUUGUUUUAUGUUUGGUUGUUGUAUGAAAUAAAAAAGACAAGUGAAUAUCCCAUGAAUAAACUGGAUUUUUUAUUCUUUUUUGUAAAGAAUAAUACAGUCUUUGUCAAAUGCUUACUCCAUAAUUUCCCGUCAGAGCAGUGCAUUUUAUUUUAUUUUUUUGAAAAAAGC